GGGAUGUACUGGGCUAUACUGGGCUGUGCUGUCCUGUACUGGGUUAUACUGGUCUGUACUAGCCCGUACUGGGCUGUACUGGCCCGUACUGGGCUGUGAUAGGCCAUACUGGGAUGUCCUGUUCUGUACUGGUCCAUACUGGGCUGUGCUGGGAUGUACUGGGCUGUACUGGGCUGUGCUGGGCCAUGCUGGGAUGUUCUGAUCUUUACUGGGUGAUGCUGUACCGUACUGGUCUGUACUGGGCUGUGCUCUUCUGUACUGGUCCAUACUGGGCCAUACUGGGAUGUACUGGGAUGUGCUGGGCCGCAUUAACCUGGAAUGGACACUGGGGGUGUGUGCAGGGGAUGCUGGGCUGAACUGGGCCGAACUGGGCUGAACUGGGCUGAACUGGGCCAGACUGGGUGAACUGGGCCAGACUGGGUUGAACUGGGCUGGAUUUGGCCUUACUGGGGUGUGUGGGGCUGUACUGGGCUGAACUGGGCUGUGUGCUGCUCAACUGGUCUGUACUGGCCCAUACUGGUGGAUGUGAAUCUGUACUGGUCCGUACUGGUUUGUACUGGUCUGUACUGGUCCCUAUUGGUGGGUGUAAAUCUGUACUGGUCUGUAUUGGUUCAUACUGGUCCGCACUGGUCCCUGUUGAUGGGUGUGAACCUGUACUGGUCCGUACUGGUUUGUAUUGGUCCCUGUUGAUGGGUGUGAACCUAUACUGGUCUGUACUGGUUUGUACUGGCCUGUCCCCUGUCACCACAGGCCCCACGGCAACGCCUGGACAGGACCAGGAUGGAGCCCUGAGAGGAGGCGCGGCCGCGGGGAUGGCGAAGCUGCUGGUGCCGCUGGUGGUGCUGGGGGCCGUGUCCGGGGCGGGGGUCCCGGUGUCGCCGCCGUCGCCGCGGUGCCCCCCGCGCUGCCUGUGCCCCGCGGCCGCGCCCAGCCCCACGCUGCUGUGCGCCCGCACCGGGCUGCUGGCCGUGCCGCCCAGCCUGGACCGCGGCGCCGUGGAGCUGCGCCUGGCCGACAACUUCAUCGGCGCCGUGGGCCGCGCCGACUUCGCCAACAUGAGCAGCCUGGUGCACCUGACGCUGUCGCGGAACGGGCUGCGCCGCCUGGCCCCCGGCGCCUUCGCCGACCUGCGCGCCCUGCGAGCGCUGCACCUGGACGGCAACCGGCUGCCGGCGCUGAGCGGGCCGCAGCUGCGCGGGCUGGCCAGCCUGCGCCACCUCAUCCUGGCCAACAACCAGCUGGCCGCCAUCGACGCCGCCGCCUUCGCCGCCUUCGCCGCCACCGUGGAGGACCUGGACCUGUCGCACAACAACCUGCCGGCCCUGCCCUGGGACGCCGUGGCCGCCAUGGGCAGCCUGGCCACGCUGACCCUGGACCACAACCUGCUGGAGCGGGUGCCGGCCGGCGCCGUGGCGCGGCUGCCGCGCCUGGCCCGGCUGGACCUGACGGCCAACCGGCUGCGGGCGCUGCCGCCGGUGCCGGGGCCGCCGGGGCCGGCGCUGGCGGCCGGGGGGAACCCGUUGCACUGCAACUGCGAAUUGCUGUGGCUGCGCCGCGUGGCUCAGCCGGGCCGCCUGGAGACCUGCGCCACGCCGGCGCCGCUGGCCGGGCGGCUGCUGGGCGCCGUGCCCGAGGAGGAGCUGACCUGCCGGGCCCCCGCCGUCACCGCCGCGGCCGCGCACCCGCCCGCGGUCACCGAGGGGCAGCCGCUGCGCCUGGGCUGCGCCGCCGUCGGGGACCCGCCGCCCGCGCUGCACUGGCUGGGCCCCGACGGGCGCGUGGUGCAGAACGGCUCCCGGCGCUCGGUGGGCGCCGACGGCUCCCUGGAGCUCCGCGUGGCCACCCUGAGGGACCACGGCGGCUUCACCUGCGUGGCCGCCAACGCCGCGGGCGAGGCGGCCGCGCGCGUCGAUGUCGUGGUGGUGCCGCUGCCGGUGCCGCGGGGACGGGACGGGGACGGGGAGGCCGCGGCCGCGGAGCCGGGGCCGGGACCCUCGGAUAUGGCCCAAGCGGGCGGCAAUGACACCUGGGGGGGGCCCGGGGAGCGGCGGGUGGUGGCGGCGGAGGUGACGGGGUCCUCGGCGCGCAUCCGGUGGCUGCCGCAGCGCCACGUGCCCGGCGUGCGCAUGGUGCAGAUCCAGUACAACAGCUCGGCCGACGAUGCCCUGGUCUACAGGUUGUUGCCCCCCUCCAGCCGCACCUUCGUGCUGCGGGACCUGGCCCCGGGCCGCCAGUACGAGCUCUGCGUGUCCGCGCUCCGCGUGGUCGGGGACCCCCCCGCCGCCCCCCGCCCGCUCGGCUGCGUCUCCUUCGCCACGGCCGCCGCUCCGCCGGGCUGCGCCGCGCCGCCGCGGCCCCACUUCUUGGGGGGCACCGUCAUCAUCGUCAUCGGCGCCGCCAUCGCCGCCUCCGUGCUCGUCUUCAUCCUCAUCCUCACGGCGCGCUGGAAGGCGGCGGCGGGGGCGCGGCGCCCCCCGCCCGCCCUCACCAGCGUCUGCUCCCAAACCAACGGCGGCCCCCGGCCCGCCGAGACCCCCGAGCUGCCCCCGCUGCCCCCUCUGCCCCCGGCGGCGGCCGGGGGGGCGCGGGGGCUGUUCCCCAGCCACAGCUACCCCCGGCGGGCGCGGCCGCGGCGCCACGGGUCCCUGCCGCGGCUGGACGCGCCCGAGGGGAGCCCCCUGGGACCCCCCCUGCGCCCCUCCUUCGGCAGCACCCACUGGAUGCUGGAGAGCACCGUGUGAGGGGGGGCACGGGGGGAGUUCCCCCCCCCCGGCGCCCUCUCGGGACCCCUCUUCGGCAGCACCCACUGGAGCCCCCCCGGGAUCUUCCUGGGUGGGGGGCGGCGGUGGGACCCCCCCGAGGUGGUUGCGGGGGCGCGGGGGGGGUCCAGGGAGCGCCAAAGCGCGCCCGGGUGGCCCCCCCGGACCCACUUGGGCUCCCCCGUGGGUGCCACCAGGUGCCACCGGGAACCCGCCAGGUGAACCCCCCGCCCCGCCCUGGGGGCACCUGUAUGCAAACCUUUCCCCCCAAAAUCCCGCGUAGGGACCCCGACAUACUCGGGCGCCGUCGCACGCGUGGGGACCGUGACAGGGGCGCCCCCGCGACGGGGGGGGGGGCCGGAUACGGAAAGCUGUGGCUCCCCCCGCGCGUGUGCCCCCCACCUCGCCCCUCGAGAUGCGCACUUGGGACUUGUGUGUGCGCCCCAAAAUUUGUGUGCCCCCCCCCCACCCCCGCCCCACGCGCGUGCCCGGCCCGCCCCCCCCGCGGUGCCUUCGGCCGGGCCGGGGGGGUCCCGCGCACGCCCCCGACAUCUCUGCACAGAUGACACGAGACCCGCAGCCCCCUCCCCCCAAAAAACCCCCCCCACGUGGGGGAGGGUGGGGGGCAAAAGGGGGACCCCCCCGGAUGCCUGGGGACCCCCCCGUGUGUCCCUCCCGUGGCCUCUGCCCCCCCCCCCAAACUCGACCCGGGGGUUCCUAUCUGGCUGGUCUGGAUAACCCUGGGGGGGCGCCCCCAGCCCCCCCAUUUCCCUCCCAGCCCCAUUCCCCCCUCCCCCAAAUUCCUCAGCUCCUCCCCAUCUCCCCCCCCCAAAACGCCGCCCCCCCCACCAGCCGCCCCCCUCGGGCCCCCGCAGUGUUUAACACGAGUUUUUACAUUAAAAACCUGUGGCCCCCCCGGGGCAGAAA